AUGUCACUGGAAUAUGGUUGCUUGGUAGCUUUUAGAAUAUUAUCCACUGUUUUCGUACAAAAUGGCUAUGUUCAUCCUGACGAGUUUUUUCAAACAACCGAAAUCAUCACCGGUGAUGUCUUUGGAGUUGUACAUGACCGCCCUUGGGAAUUCAAUAAGGAUGCACCAGUUAGAAGUAUAGGUUUACUAUAUGGAAUUUUUGGCAUGCCGUUAUAUAUUGCCAAAUGGAUUUUCAAAUUAUAUAAAAUUCCAUGGAAUCCUUUCCUAUUGAUGUUUGUUUUCCGAUUAGUCACUUGUGCAGUGUCAUUUGUAACUGAUUAUUCACUAUAUAAGAUAUGUAAAAUACUCAAACUUAAGUCUAAUAGAUAUUUGUUACUUCUUUCAAGUUCUUAUGUUAUAAUUGUAUUUGGUACAAAGACAUUUACCAACUCUCUAGAAUUGGCUUUGGUAUCGCUCUUGUUGUGGAAAGUCGUUGACAGUAUGACAGUUUCAGAUAAAGUUAUAGCUGCUGAAAACGAAAUACGAAACACGUAUGCAUACCGUACAUCAAUAACAGAUAAAGUAGUGAUGAGCCGUAAGCUACGCCUAUUACCUAGUCAUCAUUUUUCUCAUUGUUUGGAAAUCGGUACUAUUUUAGCUGUUGGUACCUUCAAUAGACCAACUUUUUUACUAUUCGCUGUUACCCCUAUAUUCUAUUGGGUUUCCAGAGGAUUUUCUAAGAACGAUGACCGUUUUAUGAAAAUAUUCAAUAUACGUUUUAUAGUAUUAUUUCUAUGUACUCUACCUGGAGUAUUUACGUUUAUACUCAUUGAUUCGUUUUACUUUGAGCAUAUAACCGAAAACAAAGCUAGUUUGGUUGUAACACCUUUAAAUUUUAUCAAAUAUAAUAUAAAGCCAUCAAACUUAGCUGAGCACGGUAUCCAUUUUCGGAUGACUCAUGCCAUCAUAAACACUCCGUUGCUUUUCAAUGUUUUAACUGUACUCUUUCUAGGACGUUUACAAUUCAAUUCUUUGGUAAAAAUUAUUUUAAAUCACCAUUACCAUUUAUUACCAAACAUUUUUGAAGUCAACACUUUGAUGAUGGCCAAUGUAAUCAUUCCAUUGUUUCUGUUAUCGAUUUUUCCACACCAAGAACCCAGAUUUCUGUUACCUCUUUUAUUACCAAUUGUAUUUUCCACUUCCAAGUAUUUUUCUAGUCAUUACAUGAAGGAUUUAAAAUGCUUACUUCCAAUUUGGUGUUUUUCAAAUAUUAUUGGAUUUAUAUUUUAUGGUUACCUGCACCAGGCUGGUGUUACUCCAAUGAUCUCACAUUUAUUUCAUGAUAUUAAACAUGCAUCUAAUACCUAUGUAAUUCAUAGUCAUACAUAUUCUAUACCUGUUGGAUUGUUAAUGGUUCCUCAAUUAAACGAAAGUUUACUAUACACGAACCAACGCCACAUCAAAGUAUAUGAUCUUGGUUCUUCAUUGGAUCCCGAUGCAUUGUAUGACACAGUGAUGAAUAUUAGUAAACAUAUUACUUGUAAAGAAGAACUUGCAGUUUAUUUUGCAUUGUCUGGUCCUUUAAUCAAGCAAUUUGAAUCAGUUGGUAAUGUGUCUAGUCUUAAAUACACAAAAAAUACUUUUUUUCCUCAUUUGUCAAUGGAAUCAUUGAGUUUUUAUUUCACAUCCAUGAUAGAUUUAUUGUACCAUGACAACAAUACACCUUAUUAUAUUAGUUUGACAGAACUUCGUGAUAUAUUUUCGCUUGUACUUUAUAAAAUUACUAUAAAGACUGAAUAG